AUAUAACUACUUUUUUUUGUUUAAUUGUAAUAAAUAAUUUGUAAAAAUGAUUAUUUUACAAUGUUAAAUAAUAAUUUCAUCGGUAAAUGAAAAAUAAAAAAAUCAUUUUCAAAACGUCGCGAGUGUUUGAAAAUUAUAAUUACAAGGCGCGAGUGAAGUGAAUUUUUUGAAGGUUUCUUUUUUUUUGGGGGAAAAAAAUAAAACCCAUUGAAAACCACCAAUGAAACGUCAUAAAGAGAUAACAAUAUUUUAUUCCUGUUUUCAUAUGUUUGACUUUUAAAACUAAUAAAAAGAAAUAAAUAUUUAAAAAUUUUCGUGAGUGAAUUAAUUUUCUUUUUUUGAUUAAAGUGGUUUUUUUUUCGUGUAUAUAUAUAUAUUUAAUGUGCGCGCAGAAGAUAAUAAUGAUGAUGAUGAUGAUGAUAAUGACGAUGUCGUGUCAAAUAAACAAAAAUGCCACGUACGAGGGGCAAUUUAAUAAUAUCAAUAAUAAAUUUAUAGAAUGCUUAUUAUAGUUGAUAAAAUCGACAAUGUGUUUAAUAUCCUGACAAAAAGAAUUAUAUUGACCAGGAAAAAAACAACAACAACAAAAUAAUAAUAAUAAAAAAAAAAAUAAAAAAAUAAGCAACAACAAAAUUUAUUUCAACGAUGGCAAAUUAUUUAUUUUUCUGGGGAUGUUUCCUCAUUUUUCGAUAUAAUUCAUAUUUCAAUACUCAUGCAAUCGAGGAAAAUAAUAUUGAAUUUAUGAGCAAAGAGGAACGAGAAAAUUUAAAGGAAGAAGCACGAGAUAUGUUUUAUCAUGCUUAUAAUGCGUAUAUGGCCAACGCUUAUCCAGCGGAUGAAUUAAUGCCAUUAAGUUGUAAAGGAAGAUACAGAGGAUCAGAGCCAAAUAGAGGAGAUAUUGACUCAACCCUUGGAAAUUUUUCGUUAACUUUGGUUGACACAUUGGAUACUCUCGUCGUUCUAGGCGAUUUUGAGGAAUUUGAAAAUGCAGUUAAACUAGUCAUCAAAGAUGUUACUUUUGAUACUGACGUUAUUGUUUCACUUUUUGAAACCAACAUCAGAAUGCUGGGAGGACUUCUCAGCGGUCAUAUUUUGGCGGAAUAUUUACAGCAAAGAGCUGACAUUAUGCCAUGGUAUAGAGGUGAAUUAUUAAAUUUAGCCAAAGACUUAGGAUAUCGUUUUUUGCCCGCAUUUAAUACAACAACAGGAAUUCCAUACGGACGAAUUAAUUUGAAAUAUGGAAUGAAAGGAGUACCAUUAGAGGUUUCACGUGAAACUUGCACUGCCUGUGCCGGAAGUAUGAUUCUUGAAAUGGCCGCUCUUUCAAGACUUACUGGAGAAUCAAUUUUCGAAAAUAAAGCGCAAAAGGCAAUGGACGUUUUAUGGCGAAUGCGACAUCGUGGAACCGAUUUAAUGGGUUCAGUAUUGAACGUUCAUUCUGGAGAUUGGGUGCGACGUGAUUCUGGAGUUGGCGCCGGAAUUGAUUCCUAUUAUGAAUAUUGUUUAAAAGCUUAUAUAUUAUUAGGUGAUGAAAAAUAUUUGGGCCGAUUUAAUAGGCAUUAUCAAGCUGUGAUGAAAUACGUUAGUCAAGGACCAAUGUUACUCGAUGUUCAUAUGCAUAGACCGAAUACGAAUGCAAAAAAUUUUAUGGACGCAUUAUUGGCAUUUUGGCCGGGACUUCAGGUACUGAAAGGUGACAUAAAACCCGCUGUCGAAACACACGAGAUGCUUUAUCAAGUGAUGCAACGACACAAUUUCAUUCCAGAAGCUUUCACUACUGAUUUUCAAGUACAUUGGGGACAUCAUCCAUUGCGUCCUGAAUUUCUUGAAUCAACAUAUUUUCUAUAUCGUGCAACUGGCGAUCAUUAUUAUUUAGGCGUUGGUCGUAAAGUAUUAAAAAGUUUACAAAAAUAUGCACGUGUAACGUGUGGCUAUGCGGCAGUUUCUGAUGUACGAACAAAUAAACAUGACGACACAAUGGACAGUUUUGUAUUAUCAGAAACAUUAAAAUAUCUCUUUUUAUUAUUCGCCGAACCAAAUGAACUUGUUCUUGAUUUAGAUGAAUUUAUAUUUACCACCGAGGGACAUUUAUUGCCAUUAACAUUGGCAUCAGUUAGAACGAACGUCUCAUCCGAUUUUGAAAGGGAUACAGUUGAAGUCGACGAAAUGGACAGAACAUGUCCGAAUAGUUUACAUUUAUUCCCAGCAUCAGUGAGACAACCAUUGAGAAAUAUGGUCGAAGAUGUUUGUCCGAGGAGAAAUUUUAAAAGACGUUUAAGCGCUUCUCAAUUUCAGGCAAAUAAUAUUGACCAUUUGAAAAUGUUGAGCGAUAUGGGAAUAACAAUUUUAACACUUGCCGAUGGUCGUGUUCAAUUUCUUCACACAUUUUCUAAUGCAAAAAGUACACAUGACGCCGAGGAGGGUCUACUAUUUAUGCAAGAAAUGAUUGAAUUAAGUAAAUAUCAAUCGCAACAAAUUGAAACAAAACCACAAUCAAUUGUAUUCACAAAACCAGGAACAGAACCACCAGAAGAUGUGACAUUAUUAGCUGGUCCAGCACAAUUUGGACCUGAAUUACGUGGCAAUAAUAAAUUAAUCGGCAAAGUUGUCCUUGCACAUCCACUUAAUGCAUGCACCGAUAUUAUUGACGCCAAUCAAAUUGAGGGAAAAAUUGUUAUUGUCCUACGGGGAACUUGUAUGUUUAUUGAAAAGGCACGAAGAAUACAAAAAGCGGGUGCUUUAGCGGGAAUUGUUUUGGAUAAUGCACCGGGAUCAAGUGCAAAUACAUCGCCAAUGUUUGCAAUGUCAGGCGAUGGUAAAGAUGUGGACGAUGUGAAAAUUCCAUUUAUAUUUUUAUUUACCGCUGAGGCAAAUCAACUACUUGAGGCGAUUAAAGAAUAUCAUAAGAUUUUUGUCACUGAUUUUCUUACGCUCACAAUUGGUGAUUUUCAACGAAAGGACGAUAUUCUUUUAAAAUCGCCCACUGAACAAUCAAUAUUCGAGCGCUUAAAAGGAUCACUCAAUGAAAUUUUCAAUCGACAAUUAAUGUCCCAGAAUUCUCUGAUUGGAGGCGUGCCAUCAACAACGGAACUUAAACAAAAUCGUGACACAGAAUUAUAUGAAAUACCAAUAGCUGAUUUUGCCAAUUUACAAGCGUUUCCAUCAAAAAAUUUGAUACUCUAUCAAAUUUGUAUAAAAGCAAAAUCAGGCGUUGCUGCUGCAAUAACGUCAAAAAAAUUUGACGAAAAAAAUUCACAAAAUGAAAAUGAAUGGCGACAAAUGAGACAAAUUAUUGUCAAUUCAAUUUAUUCAAAUGAACAUAUUAAUACAGGUGUUUCACUUGAUUUUGCAUUAAUAACAUAUUAUUUUAAAAUAUUAAUGCUCGAACGAGGUGAAACACAUGAGACAAUAAAUAAAUCAAAUAUUAUUGGACGUGUCGCUUGGCUACUUAAAGAACUCAGUGAACUGGAGCCAAAUAUUACGAAAUCAAAUAAAUUUGUUGACGAUGAAAAUGUGCCCAUGAAUUUAUUUCAAUUAAAAACAACAACAACAACAACAGCCGAGACAAAUGAAAAUUUAUCAUCCGAUUUUGAUAAAUUACUCGAUAUACUAAAACGUUUAUCGGAAAUUCAAAAAUUGCCCGAAAAUGAUCCCGAAAAUGAAAUUUUGCCUGGAAAAAUUGUAGAAAUACGAAAAUUACCCCAAAAUUCUCUGGAAAAUGAAAAUAUGCCCGGAAAAAUUGUGGAAAAUCAAGAGAAUCAAAAAUUGUCCGAAAAUGAUCCCGAAAAUGAAAUUUUGCCUGGAAAAAUUGUAGAAAAACAAAAAAUACCCCAAAAUUCUCUGGAAAAUGAAAAUUUGCCCGGAAAAAUUGUGGAAAAUCAAGAGAAUCAAAAAUUGCCCGAAAAUGAUCCCGAAAAUGAAAUUUUGCCUGGAAAAAUUGUAGAAAUACGAAAAUUGCCCCAAAAUUCUCUGGAAAAUGAAAAUUUGCCUGGAAAAAUUGUAGAAAAUCAAGGAAAAGAAGAAUCAUUUCAAAAUAGUUGGGAAAAUGAAGAAAAUCCAAAAUUGCCACGAAUUGCCUUGGAAAAUGAAAUUUUGCCCGGAAAAAUUGUGGAAAAUCGAAAUUCACCAAAAAAUAUUUUGAACGAUCAAGAAAAUUUGAAAUUAUCCGGAAAAUUCCAGGAAAAUGAAAUUUUGCCAGGAAAAAUUGUGGAAAAUCAAGAAAAACAAAAUGCGCCCCAAAAUAUUUUGAACGAUCAAGAAAAUUCGAAAUUGUCCGGAAAAAUCUCGGAAAAUGAAAUAUUGACCAAAAACACUUUAAAUAAUAGAAAAAAUCCGAAAUUGCCGGAAAAUUCUUGGGAAAAUGAAAAUCAAAAAUUGUCCGAAAAAACCAUGGAAAUGCAAGAAAAUGAAAAAUUGCCGGAAAAUUUUCCAGACAAUCAACAAAAUGUAAAUAUAAUGGAUAUAAUGAAUGAUAAUAAUGUUAUAAAAAAAAUUGAUAUAAAAUUAUUGGAAAAUUUAGGACAAAAUAUUGAUGAAAAAACGCGAAAAAUUCUUUAUGAAAAUUUAGAAAAUCUAAAUAAAGUAAUAACAACAACGAAUGAUGUAUUAAAAAUGAAUGAUAUGAUUCAAUUUUUACAUAAUUCGGAAAAAUUAUUAAAUCAAGUGAAAUAUGAAAAAUUAAAGGAAAAUUUAAAUUUUAAUCUUCCUGAAAAAGAUGGAGAAGGGGACAAUAAAAGAUAUAUCGAUGAAUUAUAAAAAAAAAUACAUAUAUAGGUAUAUAUGGAAUGAAAUUUUGUUUUUGUGAGAUGAAGAAAAAAAAAUUUUAUUCUUCAGCAAAAACUAAAAAAAAAAACAAAACAAAAUGAAACAAAAGAAACAAAAACAUAAACAAAAUCUUUGCUGGUAAUUUACAAGAAAAAUUUUUA